AUGAUAGCAUCAUUUAUUGCAUGGCUUGGUACUUCUAGCAAUUUACUUUUAGUAUAUAUGUUUACUACAAGAACUUAUCCAACAUCUACGAAAUAUAAUACUGCAUUGGCAAUUCUUGAUGCCUUAAUUUGUAUACUCUAUAUUUUGUUAUUUGGAAUUGAUGCAGCAGUUGUUUAUCUCAAAGCUUCUAGUUUAUUUAUAUUAUAUCAUAUUUAUAUUGUACCAGCAUUUGUUAUAAGUCGAAUAACGCAAUUAGCCAUUCCAUAUAUGCUAAUUUUAACGACACUGGAACGUUUGGUAUGGAUAUCAGGCGAACAAACUACGAAAUUUUUAAAACAGAUGUUCAGUGAUCGAGGUCGUCAAAUUACAAUCUUUCUUCUGCUACUUUGUUGCACAAUUUCACAUCUGCCAACAGCACUUGCUAUCGUAGUACGUCAUUUUCCUAAUUGUAAUGAUUUUUUGCGCACGCAAAGUACUGGACCAGCUGAUUGGGUACGCGAAAGUAAAAUUUAUUAUUUCUUCGAUUUUCAUCUAUUAUCAAUUGCUCAAACAUUUGUUCCAUUUGUCGUUCUUGUUGUAUUUAAUUUUAUUAUUAUUCAAAAAUUACCAAAAGAAAAUUUGAAUGAAGAAAGGGAUAAUAUAAAAGAAACAAAUCAAGAAAAUGGUCAUUGUUUAUUACGCCAAAAUUUUACCUCCAAUGAUUAUCAUUUGCAACAAAACCAAAAUCAACUUCCCAUACCAAAUGUUCUACUCACAUUCGAUCGAUCUAAUCAAAAUACUUCAAUACGUGAACAUAAACCGAAAUCAUCAAUUAUGAUAUGGGAUUCAAAAUUCAAGAAACACCAUAAUUCUUUGUAUCGAACGAAAAAUGAGGUAUCCAUUUUAACAAUUAAACCGUUUCGAAAAAUGCCUAUUCCGGUUCGUGAUGCUGUCUGUACGAUGUUUGCUAUUGUUACAAGUUAUCUAAUCAGUAAUAGUCUUCAUUUGAUACUUACAAUUUUAGAAAGAUCAAAAAUUUCAAUACUUCGUGAUCCGAAUGAUCCAAUGAUGGCAAGUACUUUUCAUACUAUUUUUUCGGAUACAGUCAGUUUUAUUUACAUGUUUACUAGCGCAAUUCGUAUCAUCAUUUACAUGUAUAAUCCGACGAUACGUUUACAUUUGCAAAAUUUUCUACCCUGUAAUUAUCGAUACGGGAAGAAAAGAUCGACAGCAGCUAUUCCUCAUCCCGUUUAA